AUGGCUUCUCUCCCACCCAUCGCCAUCCCCGGGCAACGCCUCGGUCCCGUUUCUGCAUACUCAGCCGGACCAGGCACGCACAUCCAACAAUCCUUCAUCUACGCCUCCAUCGCCGGACCGGUAGUCUCAGACACAGCUCAACCAAAGACCCACACGAAACCAACCCUCAGAGUCUCCCGAACUCUACCUACAAAGAACACACCCGCCGCAGCAGCAGCGCCAACCACCAAACCCCGCUACAAUACCCUCCCAGCAGUCGAUUCAAUCGUCCUGGCACGAGUAACCCGCGUGCAAAAGCGUCAAGCAACAGUCUCAAUCCUAGUUGUGACAGAAGACACAACACAAGAUCCAAACCGCACACCCUCCGACAACGACAACGUCGCUGCUAUCCUCACCCACGCCGCCAACCCAGAGAACCACAGCAACACCGACGAACUGCGGUUCCAAGCGUUAAUCCGGAAGGAGGACGUGCGCGCUGUCGAGAAGGAUCGCGUGGUUAUGGAUGAGAUGUUCCGUGUUGGUGAUAUUGUUCGUGGCUCGGUGAUCUCGCUCGGUGACCAGACUUUCUUCUAUCUUACUACCGCGCGCAAUGAUCUUGGUGUUGUUAUGGCGCGCAGUGAGGCCGGCAAUAUGAUGUUCCCCGUUAGCUGGAAGGAGAUGAGGGAUCCGGUUAGUGGAACUGGGGAGUUGAGGAAGGUUGCUAGGCCUUUUUGA